UUUGUGUGCAAACCGACCAGUGCAAACCGACCAGAUUUCCACGCCCCUUCAUUAGAGGGCAUGGAGAUGCACUUGAAGACGGGCCAGCAGCACCAGAUAAGCGGUCACUGCUGCAACUUCUGCUCGGCAGUUCCAUGGUACUGUGUCAUCUAAGCGUUGUGAAGAGGUGUCGGAGUAAACUUUCAGAAAAUGGAUGCUAAUAUUGCUGUUAUCGGAACAGAUAAUGUUGGAAAAUCAGCUUUGACAGUCCGCUUCCUAACUCGUAGAUUUAUUGGAGAAUACGGGGAUAUCGAAUCGAUCUACAGUCACAAUGUUAUUGUGGAUGGUAGGGACAUCACGUUUCACAUCUGGGAUUCACCAUAUUCUCAGGACUUGUCCACUGAGUCCUCUGCAUAUGAGAAGAGAGUGCAGUGGGCGGAAGGAUUUGUCCUCGUCUACAGCAUCUGUGACAGGGCCAGCUUCAACACUGUCACCAUGCUCAUCCAGUCAAUCAAGUCCACAAAAGACUAUCUGGGCAUAAAGAAAGUGCCCAUAGUCAUAGUGGGAAACAAGAGGGACUUGCACCAUCAACGGACAGUCCUUAGUGAUGAGGGCAGGCUAUUAGCCCUUACCACAGACUGUCAGUUCUAUGAGGUUUCAGCAGCGGAAAACUACCACAGUGUCCUCAUGGUAUUUCAUGGACUUGUGAACAGAGUACGGGAGGCCAGGUCUGCCAUAAAGAAGCCAGUGGGAAUCAAAGGUAUAGUCAAGAGCAUGUCAGCGGUGUUUGCAAGGAGACGGACAGAUUCACUAUGAGGCUUUGAUUUACUGGACAAGCAGGGGGGAAACACAGUUGCUGUGCGACGCAUGUUGUUCUCUGUGCUUAGAUGUUGGGUCCCAACAUGCUGGGUGCCUUAAGGCUGGGACACGACCAUGCAGGGAAGAUGCAUGCAGUUGUUGUAGAACUGAGACCAGUACAGCUGUUCUCGCUGCUUACAGAUCAGACUUACUUGAGGAGCGCACUGCCAAAGUAUGAUUAAAGACAUUUGAAUAUCACACUUUCUCCAAGUGCACAUGUCAAAGAUGGAUUUUAAAUACUUUUGAAUACUGUGAUUACUUACAACUGCUCUAAGCACUUAAACUGAAAACUGUGUGAAUCAAAAAUCAUUAUGUGGGUGUCGAAUUAUGUUGAUCAAUGUUACUUCUUACAAUUAUUUCGUUUAUUUUGGAAUUCAGGUCAGUUGUACAAAAGUCUUAACAAGAGUGCAAAUUAUACAAUGACAAUCGGGGUGGUCAAAUUCUUCUCCAGGGUGUGUACCGACCCCCCGACCUGUUGUUUUUACCUCUUUUGGGGGGUCCAAGACUUAAUUAGGGGGGUCAGACCCCCCCAAACCCCCCUCGUAAUUCACACCCUGGUCUUAACCUUUUCCCAAUGUUGCAUGAUCAUUGGAUUUGCAUUGAUUUUAAAGGUUCCUAAAUAAACCAGAAUAUGUUAAUCUGACGUGUGCCAGUUUACUAGGUUAUUAGGUAUUCCGAUUCAAGACCACAGAGUGAUGCUGUUGUUGAUAGCUCUCAAGCCCCACAGCCCUUUACUGUGUGAGGUCUGCUAAAAGGCUAAGCCACAAAAUAAGUGAAAUUCUGUUUGUAUAAUCGCUCAAUUAUUCAAGUACAAAGAAUGCAUGUAAAUGUUAACUUUAAAUGUUCCGUAUGAAAAUGAACCUUAAUAA